AUGUUCCAUGGGAUAGCUGGCACAGGAGGAGUAGGAGGGGCUCCAGCUAAUAAACCAGAGUUGUACGAGGAAGUGAAGCUGUACAAAAAUGCGAGAGAAAGAGAAAAGUAUGACAACAUGGCCGAGUUGUUUGCUGUUGUCAAGACUCUGCAGGCCCUGGAGAAGGCUUACAUCAAAGACUGCGUGACACCUAAUGAGUACACCGCGUCCUGUUCCAGGCUCUUGGUUCAGUAUAAGGCUGCUUUCAAGCAGGUGCAGGCCUCGGAUGUGGGCUCCAUCGAUGACUUCUGCAGGAAGUACAGGCUUGACUGCCCGCUGGCCAUGGAAAGGAUUAAAGAGGAUCGGCCAAUCACCAUCAAGGAUGACAAGGGCAACCUGAACCGCUGCAUUGCAGAUAUAGUUUCUCUCUUCAUCACUGUGAUGGACAAGCUGAGACUGGAGAUCAGGGCCAUGGAUGAGAUCCAGCCAGACCUGAGAGAACUGAUGGAAACCAUGAACAGAAUGAGCAACAUGCCUCCAGACUCGGAGGCUAAAGACAAAGUCAGCCUUUGGUUAACCACCCUCAGCAGCAUGUCUGCCUCAGAUGAACUGGACGACAAUCAGGUUCGCCAGAUGCUUUUUGAUCUGGAGUCGGCCUACAACGCCUUCAACCGCUUCCUCCAUUCCUCUUAG